CAAUCCACAAACACAUACCUUGAUUAGCACCCACCUAGCAUACUAGAGAACAUGACAACCUCCGAGGUCAAAGGUUUCACGGAAGAGCAAGAAGCUUUGGUCGUGAAAUCAUGGAACGUCAUGAAGAAGAAUUCAGGAGAACUUGGUCUCAAGUUUUUCUUGAAAAUAUUUGAGAUUGCUCCAUCCGCUCAGAAAUUGUUCUCAUUCUUGAGAGAUUCAAAAGUUCCUUUGGAGCAAAACCCGAAGCUCAAGCCCCAUGCCAUGUCUGUCUUUGUCAUGACUUGUGAAUCAGCGGUUCAACUGCGGAAGGCUGGUAAAGUCACCGUUAGAGAAUCUAACUUGAAAAAAUUAGGUGCUACCCAUUUUAAAACCGGCGUGGCCAAUGAGCAUUUUGAGGUAACAAAGUUCGCACUUUUGGAGACCAUAAAAGAAGCUGUGCCUGAAAUGUGGUCGCCUGACAUGAAGAAUGCAUGGGGAAUAGCUUAUGAUCAGCUGGUCGAUGCCAUUAAAGCUGAAAUGAAACCCUCCUCUUAAAUCCUUUCAUCUCAAAUUGAAUAAAAUUGAUGGAGUCACAAAGUUUUUGAAUAAA